AUGGUUCCUCAGGUGGUGACAGACAUCAGCUCAGACAUCACAGAAAAUAUUGCUGGCAAACUGGUUUUCUACCAGAUGGAGGGAAAUGCCACCUAUGUGAGAGACAAAGGAGAGCUGGCCUCAGAUGUUCUCACCGAGGCCAUGUUUCAACUUUUUGAUCCUCACAAGAAUUUAAGCAAAGAGAAGUUCACCUACACUUGGGAUCUAGGAAACGGACAAGUGAUCCAAGGGACUGAGCCGGUCAUCCGUUACCACUACUCAGAGUCUGGGAACUACACCCUGCGCCUGAAAGUUGGAACUGAUGUAACCACAUACGCAAAUCCAAUUGGUGGGGUCUACUCCAUGGAUGUUAAAGUGCUGGAUGCCAUCAAGCGCAUUGAGCUGAGGGGGCCUUUAGAUUACGAAGUGUCUCAGAACACCAGCUUGGCUUUUCACGUUGAUGGAAGCCCCCCCAUGUGGGUGUGCUGGCGUUUCCUGCCCAACUGCAUGUCGGACACAGCGGUGGGCUGCACGCUGACCACUCUGUACGGAGACACGCUGCGUCUGGAUCACAUCUUCACCUCCACCGGCGUCCACUGCCUGGACAUCACCGCCCGCAACGACAUCAGCAAGCUGCAGACCUCCUACAGCCUCUACGUCCGCAGGAACCUUAACAGCAACCUCUUCUUCAUUUUGCCAUGUCUGGCCAUCUUCGUAGCGACCUUCUCCUUCAUCACCAUUAUUGCCUGUCGUCCACGCCACACCAGCAAACGACAGAUUGCUGCUUCCAGUAAUGCCAUAUUCCUGAAGAACCAAGACGGCGACGGUCCAAGCAACAUCCACUUCAGCUUCUCCUCCGCGGCACGAGAAGAGAGCCAGCCUCUGCUCUGGCAGUACGGGAGUCAGUACUCCACUUAA